CUGGAUCUUAUUAUUAGACGCCAUGAAGAAACUCUUCGAUGGGUUUAAAGCUGACGUAAAGUUCCGAGGCGCAGGACCCGGGCGCAGACUAAACGACGAGGCCAGAGGGGUACCUGACAGCACUGUUAAAGAACGUCCGGCACCACGAAAGGCACCAGCAGGAGAGGCUCAGAUUGCGGCUGCUUCUGCAGCAAUUGCAAGGUUGGACUCAAAGCAAGGAAAGGGAAAGACCCCACACAAAGAUACUGUUCCUACCCCAGUAAAAGAUGUUGCACAUAAGCAAGAGUUGAAGGUCAAGCCAACUAGUAAGGAAGCUGGAACUGAAAAGGAUUCUAUGUAUAAUAUUAUAUUUCGUUGCCCAUUAACUGGUGAUAUACUACAAAUGGAGGAAAUCGAAUCACACUUAAAAAAAAGUAUUGAAAUGCUAACUGAGGCUGAUCCUAUUUCUGCAUCCAUCAUGAAGAUUUAUACAUUUAACAAACAUCAAGAUAAAGUGAAAUUAGGAGUUGAAACUAUGGCAAGGUACCUUAAAAACAUUAUUGAAAAUCCCAAUGAGGAGAAAUAUAAAAAAAUCAAGCUAUCGAACAAAGUUUUUCAGGAAAAAGUUAUUUGUCUGGAAGGAGCACAUGAAUUUUUAGAAGCAGUUGGAUUUGAGAAGAAGACACUGGCUUUGCAAGGACAAGAUCUCCAAGAAGAAUUCUAUAUAUUGGGCAGUGACACACUUUAUAGGUUAAACGACUUGCAAAAUUAUCAUGAUUCAUUGUUAAAUGGUGAGCCCUUAAUUGUCAUUCUUGAUCGGCAACCACAGAUCUUUGUACCAUCCCAUCAAGCUGCAAAAUUUAAUCUGCCUGAUGACUUCUACAAUUUGACCGUAGACGAGAUCAGAUUGGAACAAAAACUAAGAACAGAGAAGUUAAAGCAAGAUUCUAUGCUCAGAACUAAAGCCACACGGGACAGAGAUGAGAAACAACAAAUAAAAAAGUAUAAAUAUACUGUUCUCAGAAUCAGAUUUCCAGAUGGCUAUAUGCUACAAGGCCUAUUCUAUGCUGAAGAGCAGUUGUCUGUUUUGGUUGAUUUUAUUCGCCAAUAUCUGCAGAAUGACUGGCUUCCAUUUGAACUUAUUGGUUCCUGUGGCCAAAAGUUGAAAGAUGAACAGGUUACAUUUAAUGAAUGUGGUUUGGUUCCAUCUGCAUUGUUAACGUUCCAUUGGGAUGAAGCAAUCUUGGCUGAUAUGGAGGCUACUAAUGGAUAUAAAACAGAGAGUGUACUGAAACAAGAUUUGCUAUCCAGUGCAAAAACUCUUACAUAGAUAUGUGAUCGACAACUGUUCUGAAAGCUUAAAAUUGGCAAGAAGUUUUUCCAUCUAUUGUCCUGGCUAGUAAAUAGAUAUGUAUUUGUAUGCUAAAGUUAAUAAACUAUUUCUUAGCUACUGGUGUACAAAACACUAAAUAUGUAUAUAAAGUGUAUUGUUCUGCAAAACUUUAACGACUUUUAUAGACCUCUCUAGACAAUUUUGUGUCUUUCAAAAGUAUAAAAAUAGCUGGGGAUGAACAAAUCGACUUCGAAUUAAACAUUCGAAUUAAACAGUCGAUUCACAUAAAACUUUGUUCUAAUACUGU